GUCAGCUGAAUGCACUCAGAGUUCCUGCUCUGAGCCUCGAGCUCCGCUUCCCUGUUGAGAGAGAGAGAGUGAGAGAGAGACAGAGUAAGAGAGAGAGAGAGAGCGAGAGAGAGAGAGAGAGUGAGAGUGAGCACUUCUCCUCGCGCUCCUCACAUUUGCACGAUGGCAUCAGAUCCAGGGCUGCUGCCUCUCCUUCUGUGGAUUAUAGCUUUGCAGGUGCUGGGAUCCAAAAGCACGACCAAUAAUGAAGUAAAUCUCCUCGACACCUCCACAAUAUCAGGAGACUGGGGCUGGAUGACAUAUCCAUCACACGGGUGGGAUGCAAUUAACGAAAUGGACGAAUACUUCAGCCCCAUUCAUACAUACCAGGUGUGCAAUGUCAUGAGCCCCAACCAGAACAACUGGCUCCGUACCAAAUGGAUCCAACGCAGCGGUGCUCACCGAGUCUAUGUGGAGAUCAAGUUCACGCUCCGUGACUGCAACAGCAUGCCGGGCGUUCUAGGUACGUGCAAGGAGACCUUCAACCUCCACUACUCUGAGACGGAGCGUGACGUGGGAACCAGCCUCCGAGAGAAUCAGUUCUCCAAGAUCGACACCAUCGCAGCUGACGAGAGCUUUACUAAUGUGGACCUGGGAGUGAGGAGGCUUAAGCUGAACACGGAGGUGCGCAGUGUAGGGCCUCUAAGUAAGCGCGGCUUCUACUUGGCCUUUCAGGACAUCGGUGCCUGCAUUGCCGUCGUCUCGGUGCGAGUCUACUACAAGAAAUGCACAGGCCUGGCGAGGAACCUGGCUGUGUUCACGGAUGUGGUCACGGGGGCGGAUUCCUCGUCCCUGGUAGAGGUCAGAGGUCAGUGCGUGGACCAUGCUGAGGAGAAGGACACUCCCAAGAUGUACUGCAGCGCUGAGGGGGAGUGGCUCGUUCCUAUUGGACGGUGUGUGUGCAGUGCUGGGUUUGAGGAACACAGAGAGGCUUGUAUUGCCUGUGAAGUGGGCUUCUACAAACCUUUGGCUGGAGGCCAGCUUUGUGGGAAAUGUCCUCUUCACAGCCACUCAGAGACCAGAGCGGCUCUUGCGUGCCCUUGUGACACCAACUACUUCCGGGCGUCAUCUGACCCUCCUGGUGCUCCUUGCACAAGACCGCCCUCUGCCCCUGUAAAUGUGAUCUCAUCUGUAAACGGGACCACCGUUAACCUGGAAUGGGGUUCCCCUCUGGAUACAGGUGGCCGUGCGGAUAUCAUCUAUGACGUGCAGUGCCAGAUAUGCGUAAAGGAUGGAGGGCAAUGUGAGGACUGCAACAUCAGAGGAACCUCUGUCAAUGGAAUAUUAGGAGCUGCUGUUGGAGCCCAAGGAAGUACUAGUGGAGGAACAACUGGGAAUGGAGGAAGUUUAGGUGGAAGUGGAUUGGUGUCACGGACAGGAGUUACCUCAAUCAGGUUCAUCCCCCAGCAGAAGGGACUGACGGAGCCAUGGGUGAACGUGGUCAACCUGGUGGCCCACACUAAUUACACCUUCCGCAUCCUGGUGAUGAACGGGGUGACACACUUGAGCAAGGAACCACUGCCUUAUGUCACGGUCAACAUUACGACAAAUCAGGCAGCUCCCUCUCAGGUGAUGGCUAUCCGUCAAGAGAAUACUAGCACAAAUAGCAUCACCCUCAUGUGGCAUGAACCUGAGCAGCCCAAUGGAGUAAUCCUGGAGUAUGAUAUUAAAUAUUAUGAAAAGGACAAAGAGCAGCAGAGCUACUCCACCCUGAAGUCAAAGGCAACAAGUGCUAAAGUGUCUGGGCUCAAACCUGGCACCAGCUACAUCUUUCAAAUCAGGGCCAGGACCUCGGCUGGCUGCGGCCGCUUCAGCUCCUCUGUGGAGAUCCAGACUGGAAAAGCAGUCCCCUUACGUUACAACACUGUGACGAUUAUCUGGAUCUCCAUGGCGCUGGUCUCGGGGCUCAUCGCCUUUAUGGCUCUCAUCAUCUGCAGAAAACGGCAAGAGGAACACUGUGGCUACAGCAAGGCUUUCCAGGAUUCAGACGAGGAAAAGAUGCAUUACCAGAAUGGCCACGUAUCAUUUCCAGAAGCCAGAUUUUAUAUUGAUCCCCACACAUACGAGGACCCAUGCCAGGCUGUCCACGAGUUUGCCAGAGAAAUUGAAGCUUCCCGGAUCAAAAUUGAGAAAAUUAUUGGUUCAGGAGAGUUCGGGGAAGUGUGUUAUGGCCGUAUGAGGCUGCCCGGCAAGCGGGACGUCCCCGUGGCCCUGAAGACUUUGAAGGUCGGCUACACUGAGAAACAGAGGCGAGAUUUUCUGAGCGAAGCCAGCAUCAUGGCCCAGUUUGACCAUCCCAAUGUCAUCCGUCUGGAGGGAGUGGUGACACGAAGUAAACCUGUAAUGAUCAUUACUGAAUACAUGGAGAAUGGCUCUCUGGAUUCAUUCUUAAGGAGACACGAUGGUCAGUUCACCAUCAUUCAGCUGGUCGGGAUCCUCCGAGGCAUUGCUUCCGGCAUGACGUAUCUGUCGGAUCUCGGCUACGUCCACCGGGACCUGGCUGCGAGGAACAUCCUGGUCAACAGCAAUCUGGUCUGCAAGGUUUCAGACUUUGGCUUGUCGCGGGUGCUGGAGGAUGACCCAGAUGCAGCUUACACAACCACUGGUGGGAAGAUCCCAAUCCGCUGGACAGCUCCUGAAGCCAUCGCAUACCGCAAGUUUUCCUCGUCUAGCGACGUGUGGAGUUACGGAGUGGUGAUGUGGGAGGUGAUGUCCUAUGGAGAGCGGCCAUACUGGAACCUCACCAACAGAGAUGUAAUAAAGUCAGUAGAAGAAGGCUACAGGCUUCCAGCACCAAUGGGCUGCCCCGCUGCUCUCCACACACUCAUGCUGGACUGCUGGCAGAAGGAGCGCAGCGAACGGCCCAGGUUCUGCCAGAUCGUCACGGUCCUGGACAAGCUUAUCCGCAACCCAGAGAACCUCAAGUCAAUGGACACAUUGUGCAGACUGAACAGCCCAUUGAUGAACAGAAGCAUUCCUGAUUUCACAACCUGCAGAUCGGUGAACGACUGGUUGGACACCAUCAAGAUGGGCCGCUACAAAAACCACUUUGCGUCAGGAGGUUAUCACACGCUCGGCCACGUGAUGAGCAUGAAUCAACAUGACAUCCAGAAGCUGGGGGUUACACUGAUGGGACAUCAGAAGAAGAUCAUGACCAGCGUCCAGGUGAUGCGAGCACAGGUGUUAAACCAGAGCGUGCCGUCGGUGCACGUAUAAUCGCCUGCGGUGUCAAUAUAAAUACAUAAUCAUCUGAUGUGUGUGUUCGGGUCAUGUGUUACGAACUCUUAAAGACUCCCCUCUGGAAAGAGAACGUCAAGAGGACUCUAAACUCCAAGGGUUUCCUUCUCGGCACUGGAUUUAUUUUUUUUUUGUUAACGAAAAUCCCUGCAUUCUUUCUCCAAUGUUCUCUUGGAUAUUUUUUGUUCAUUUCUUCUUUCAGUAAGUGGAUAGCCUGCCUUAAAGACCAUGGAUAAUUGAAAUAUCGGUGUAUAUAAAGGACGAUUUGAUGAACGUCUCUGAUAUAUAGCUGAGAACCGGAGCACUUCACAAUUGAAACAGCAUUAAUGAUUCAAUGAGUGUUUCUAUUUAAAUAUUGACAAUUAAAAAAAAAAAACAAUAAAACUGAGAUGAAGUGAAGAAUAUAGUAUAAGUACCAAGGAUAUAAUCUAUAAUCUAUUAUCCAUUUUCCCAGCAGAACUAAAUAUCACACAUGGAAAAAUACUGAAUUGAAAACGAUGAAUGAAUUAUUCUGAAAAUUUGUCCCAAUUUGCAUAACAAAGGAAAUGAAAGUGAUGUGUCAUUAAAUGUCCAUCCAAAAAAAAAAAAUAUUGAUAACAGUAGAAAUGGGGGGAAGGGGGGGAGUUUUGGGGUUUGAUUGUUCGUUUACUUUAAUACUUUACAAACCAUCUAAAAAUGACAUUCUGCACCCGGUUAACGCUGAUAUCUUUGGCUUUUCAUGGACUAAUUAAUUAUGUGCAUAUUAGCCACUUAAAGGUCAUUUGUGACUCUUUUUUUUUACCUGUCAGCGAGUACGCUGAAUGAGCUUUAGUUUCCGUCUGCUGAUUCGAAACAAUAGGACUCUGCCCAACUAGAAUGUUCCUCAAAAUUAGAAAUGUGAAGCGUAUCGAUUUGUCGCCGUAAUAUUUCACCUAUUGAAUUAUAAUUCAGACCAAAGCAUCAAACAAGAGUCCAUAUUUGACUAAUAGUCUACUCUUCAGUGAAGUCAUGUGGUACAUAAUAUGGUAAUAAAAUAAUAUAUCAUGUUACAGUAAAUACUAUCAAACCUGCACAAAAGUUGUAAGAAAAGAUGCCAAGGUUAUAGUUAGGUUUUAGGGGCAGGGUUACUCGUACCUUCUUAUGAAUUAAUACGUAUGAAAUCAAGUGAAAUCUCCAUUGCACGUACAAACUGAUCGUGAGAGUGUGUGAACUCUAUCCAUGCAGUCCACGUUCACAAUGUUUUACCUCUGUGCUGAUAAUGUUGGGACAUUUCAAUAAGCAUUUUCAUUUAAAAAAAAACCUAAUAAUGCUCAACUACUAUA